GUGUCUGUCUGUCUGUCAGUGUGUUGUGUGUAGUGAGUGCUGUGAAGUGCGGUCCGGGACCAUGACGAUAUCUUACUCCAGAUUGGUUGCCAAUGGCAGCAGCUUCGGCUGUUUUUGGAGUAUACUAACAAAAUGGCGAGGGAGCGUAUACAAGCUAGUAUGGCGAGAACUUAUAGCCUACCUCUCUAUAUACUACGCAAUCAACCUCACAUAUAGGUUCGCUAUGACAGAGCACCAACAAAGAACGUUCGAGUGGAUUCGGGAAUAUUUCGCGAAGAACAACUUGGCCUCGACGCUGAUGACUUUCGUGAUGGGUUUCUACGUGAACCUGAUAGUGUCCCGUUGGUGGGAGCAGUACAGACUCCUGCCUUGGCCUGACACUUUAGCUCUUUUCGUCAGCGCUGCCGUUCAGGGCCAAGACGAACGAGGUAGACUGAUGCGACGUAACAUCGUCCGCUACGCCAUCCUGGCUUACGUCAUUACGCUGAAACACGUCAGUGUGCGUGUGAAAAAACGCUUUCCAACGCUUCAGCACAUCGUAGAUGCAGGUUUAAUGAUGGAAAGCGAGAAAAAAAUCUUCGAGAUGUUGGACGAAAGACACCCAAUGGCGAAGUAUUGGCUUCCGUUGACCUGGGCGACCAACGUGAUCAACCGAGCUCGUCGUGAGGGCCUCAUAUCUUGCGAUCAUCUGGUGCAGACGAUCAUGUACGAGAUGAGCGACAUCAGACUGCGAUUGGGCAGUCUCAUCGGGUACGAUAACGUCAACGUGCCACUCGUCUACACACAGGUAGUAACUCUGUCGGUGUACUCGUACUUCUUGGCCAAUCUUCUGGGAAAACAAUUCAUCAUUACAGAGCGAUCUCCAACCGGCAAUAUAGAGUUCGACAUGUACUUUCCUAUCUUCACUGUCCUACAGUUUGUCUUCUACGUAGGGUGGUUGAAGGUAGCAGAAGUUCUCAUUGGACCGUUUGGUGAAGAUGAUGACGAUAUUGAACUCAACUGGCUUAUUGAUAGACAUAUCAAGGCUGCUUACAUGAUCGUGGACGAAAUGCACGAGGAGCACCCUGAGUUGCUGAAGGACCAGUACUGGGACGAAGUUGUCCCUAAGGACCUACCGUACACUGUCGCUUCCGAGCAUUACCGCAAGUACGAGCCUAAAGGAUCUGCGGAGGACUACAAAGUGAAGGAACAAGAUGCACUCUACGCCAAUCUGUUGCACUCGCGCAAGUCGAUCAACCCUGAUGACGUUUACGCUGACUAUGAAAGUGUAGACACCCCAUUGGUGGAGAGGAGGAAGAACUGGUUCCAGCGUCAGAUGCACCGAGUGGGCUCCAUCCGCUCGUCUUCUACAGCAUAUUCCUCAGGCUUGUUCGGCCGUCAAAGGCACAACUCCGUCUACUCUACGCCUGAUCAACAGAACGGUCUGCCUAUCUCAGUGGUGGGGGGAGGUCAGUCACAUGCCCCUCCUUAUCAGCAGAACCCACACAAGAUGUCCAUCUACGACCGACUCAUCGGCCGCAAGUCCACACGCCAGAACCGCAACAGGCCAGGGCCACUCAAGAUGAAUGGAUCAGUUGUGAUGAAGAAUCGACCUCGAAUCCCGACGCCAGAUGUUACCAAGGAAGUUGUUGACAGAGAGAAUCGCCUGGCUCAGAUGAACCUCAACAACAACAACGCCAACAGCGGAGGAACUGUGAGCCCCAACUCACUAGUCAGCGCGCUGGUCGCACACAACCCUGUACCGUACGCACACACUGACACUCAGUUGCCUGUGGCCGUCCAGGUCGUUCUUUCUCCCAUACAAGAGUCAGAGAGCCACCAGAACACCAUAACACCCAACACCCCUGGUGCAGCAGCUCUGGCACAGGCUGUGUUAGCUAACAGCCUCAACCCCGCGGGGCUCAGCACUGCGGCCGUGCUGACCACUUCACAUCCCAUCAACACCUCCGCAGUGCUGACAACUGCGCAGCAUCCGAUCACAAUGUCAGUCAGUCCAGUGACAUUCACAACCGUGUCUAUGAGCAACCCAAUGUUGACGAGUCUAGGCAUCACGCCGUCGUCUGCUCCGCACACUCCAGUGAUUGCGCACCGCUCGCUGGUGCUGACCGACGUGACCCAACCUGUCACAGAGGAGGGCAGCUCAGCGGGAAGCGUCUCAGGCGACGACCGCAGCCGCAAGGCCAGCGUGACUUCGCAACCCAAGCGAGGGGAAGUUUACGUGUGAUAGUUAAUUUAGUUUUUUCAUCAAACAUGGCUGUGCAAGUACAAUAAUGCGUGGCAGUGUGGUGGGGAUUGUUCAACAAUUGUAUUUACUGUGCAUUUUAGACUUGUGAUUAGUGUGUAAAAAGUUAAGAUUGUUGAUUGACAUUAUAAUUUGUACAUUCCAGUUAGUUGUUAAUGAUGCGAUUUGUUGUCCUGUGAUAUAAUGUUUUUACCUUGUAACGAUAUCAUUUACUUAUUCAUUUUAAUGGGAGCAUAUUUUAUUGUAACGACGUAUAUUUUAUUGAAUUGAUUCUACACAAUAUAUGUGCAAAUGUUAACUUUUAAAAUGUACAGAAGUAAAACCAAGAAUAAAUAGAUUUUGUGAGUUUAGACACUGUAUUUGAGGUUGAAUGCUGUCAACUUAAUUACCGUACCGAAUGUACUUUACUUGAAUAUUUUUUAUAACUAAAUUGUUAUUGAAUGAGUUCAUGUAAGCUAAUACAAACUGUGCCGGUAUAAUGGUAAUAAUUUUGAAUCUCCAAACAGUUUUAAUGUGAUUUGUAUAACUAUCAGCAAUAUCUUUAAUUUACAUGUUUAGUUUAAGAGAUUUUUAAAGACCAACAUAAAAUGACACUAGCGAUUUUGUAUUAUUUUUUAGGGUCAUUUUAGAUUUUAAUGUUUAUAACUAUGUUAAGAGGUGAUCCAUAAAGCACUAUAAUUUUAAUUGGAUCAUCAAUUAGUUGAAGGUUGAGUUUGUGAGAUCUUUAUAGAAAUUCUGGUUGUACUAAAAUGAUUAUGAUGUUAAUAUUCCUGUCUAAUAAUAUUGUAUUAUCUGUACAAGAGGUAGUUGUCAGAUCCUGAAUGGUAUAGUCUGAUCCCGCAGAAGUGGCUGUGAAGGGGCUUGUGUGCCAUUUUAGUGAAUAUUUCAUCAGAUCUACUGAUGUCAACUUUGUUGGUGAUAUAGUGCUUUUUAGUGUCAAUAAACAUUUUCAGUGAUAAUAUCACCUUUGAACAAUUUUUAUUCAUUAAUUGACACAUACACCAUAAUAUUUUAAUUUGAAUAUCGAAUAAGGCUUUAAUUUGUAAUAUCACCUGACUUAUGCUGAGACAAUGGUGCUCAAUAUAGAUGAUCUGAUGAUGAGCUCGACUAUAGCUCCAUCAGAUGUUGUUAGGUAAAAUAAAUGUAUAAAUAAAAUUGACAAUGGAUAUAAAAGAAAUGGGUUGUUU